UCUCUCACGCGCUAUCCGACAAAACCCAGCGCCACGCCCCGCGCCUUAUCCCCAGCGCGAUGCCCUGCCUCCAACAGCGCCCCUUUAGCCGCCGCCGCCGUCGGACCCUCGCCGCUCAGCGCGCCUUCAGCUGCCGCCCCACCCUCUAGCGCGUCUGCCGCUGCACCUACACAGCCGGAUGCAACCCCGUGCUCUUCCCCACCGGCGACCCCACCCAUCCGAGGUCCUCCUCCCCCUCACGUCGCCCGCGACCCUGUUCUCCUACUGACCGCCGCUAUCCGCCUCUGGUGCGCCACCGCGUGUGAACCCGGACGGAUCCGAGGAGCUUCACGUUGGACCCGCCCGUCCCACGUCUUCCUGUGGAACUCCGCCAUCUAGACGCCUUGCCGACGCCGAUGAGUCCUGCGCCGCCACCCCUCAUGCCACAGCCGCGAGGCUCGGAUCUCGCUCCGUCUCGACACCAUCCAUUUCAUCUUCGGCGAGGACAGACCGCUCAUGGAGCUCCACGUCUUUCGGGAGGUCUUCUCCAGGGCGCCCGCUCAUGUGGAGGCUUCUGGGUUCACGGGGAAGCACGGCAGGACCUUCAGGGUGGCCGUGACGUUGCUGCUUCCCGGUGCUCACUUCGUGCAGAUGUGCCCCGAGGCGAGCCUCAAGGUCCUGCCGCCUCCGCUGUUUCGCGGCGACCACAUGGUCAGGUGCAUGCCGGAGGAGGCCUUGUCAUGGAAGCGCCUGGUGUGUGUGCAUUAUCAAAUCAGACAGAGCAGAAAUAACGGUGAUCCUUUCGAUUUGGAUAUCAAGAAGACGCUGCAACCCCUUCUGAUGGGUUCUAUGUAGACGUUGACAUCAACGAGUAGGC